AUGGCCGAUAUCGCCAGCCUCGAAGAAGACAUCAAGCAAUACCGAGAACAACUCGAUGUUGUAUAUGCUGGUUUAAAAGAUGAUCCUAGUAAUGCAGAGCUCCUUGCUCUCAAGUCUGAGUUAGAUGAUGCGCUCGCGCUGUUGAACGAAACCCUUGCUGAAUUAAAGCCGACCAAGGCACCUCCGCAGCCGAAAGACCCAUCCCCGCCACCGGCCCAGGAGAAAUGGUCGCGAGAGAAUCAUCCGGCAUUUAAGAGGAGCACCCCAGCCGAGGAAAAGGAAAGCGACACGAGUUUGGUGAACUACAAGGUUAAUGAUACCGUAAUGGCGAAAUGGGUAUCUGGUGACAAAGCAUUCUACCCUGCGCGCAUCACGUCCAUUACUGGUUCUUCUACAGCCCCGAUCUACGUCGUCAAGUUCAAGAGCUACGAUACCACCGAGCAGUUACGCGCGAAGGACAUACGCCCCAUUGCGCAGAAGAGAAAGGCUGACGGUACCCCCGUCAGCGGCGCCAGCCCGUUCCCGGCGCCAUCCCAGCCAGCAGCGCCUUCAACCUCGUCUAACCCCGGUGUCAUAUCCGCUGCUGCUAGCAUAAAUCCCGACCUAGCACAAAAGAAUCGGGAGGAAGCAUUGAAGAAUGCUGGCGAUGGGAAGCCUAAAGCCAAAAAGAUUAAGGCGACCAAAGAGCUCGAGGCUGGCAAGAGCAAGUGGCAAGAGUUUAGCACAAAGUCGAAAUUUGCCAAAUCGCACAAAACUAAGAAGGACAGCAUGUUUCGUACGCCCGAAGGUGUACACGGUCGAGUCGGUUUCACCGGCUCGGGCCAGGCUAUGCGGAAAGAUCCUACAAGGAGCCGCCACAUCUACCAAGCUAAUGAGGAAUUAGACUAA